AUGCUUACUUUUUUUCAGGAGACAGUCAAUGAACGAGUUCCCCAAGUGGACCUGGAAAGUAUAAUGAGACCAAUGGAAAGUGGAAUGGACAAUGGCUUUUUCGGGAGGCAGGGUGUGAAGAACGACUUCUUAUCUCUAGAAACUGGUCCACAACAGCAAGCUGGAGAAUAUCCCCGUAUGAGGCCUGGCCCGCGAAAUGGAGGCUUCCAGCAGGACUACCAAAUUCCCCAGGACCUAAGAUUACAGGGUGACCAACAGCAACAGCAAAACAUCAAUCAGCUAGAUGCGAUGCUUCAACGAAGACAAUUUCCACCUGGUAAUGCUAUUUUCGGAAGCAGGAGAACUAAUGGUCAGGGAGGAUUCGGCUUCCAGAGCGAAGGAACCGCACAGAGUGGCAUGGAUAUUCCCAGAAACGAUGUAAAUAGUAGAGGAUUGUCUCCAAUGGAUGGAGCAUUCAACGAAAGAAAGCAAGGAACAUGGAACAGUGGCGACCUCCAGAAAAUUAACAAUGGCCAGAACACGGGCCCUUGGGUACCAAUUGGACAGGGGGUGCGGUUUGGAGAUUCACAGCAAGUAAAUACAAACAAGGANAAACGAUGUAAAUAG